ACCUCGGCGUUUCCCCUAUUCGUGCUAGCUUCGGCCAUUCUGGGUAUUGCCAAGCCACAGACUCUCACGUGGGUCAAUCAGGGGAAUCUCAUUUCGGUCAUGCUCGCGAGUGUCAUGUGUGGCACGGGCUUGACCUUGGAAAUGCACGACUUUAAAACCGUUUUUCAAAAAGAUUGGGGAUCAGUCCCACUUGGGGUACUCUGUCAGUUUCUUAUCAUGCCACUCGCGGCCUUUGUGGUUGGUCGAACGUUCCUGUUCUCGUCCGGACCCACUGGUCCGUCUCUCUUCUUGGGACUCUGCCUCGUGGGAUGCUCACCGGGAGGGACUGCGAGCAACUUGGUGUCGCUCAUCGCCCAGGCCGAUGUGGCCUUGUCCGUGAUUCUCACCACCUGUUCCACCGUACUCGCCGUCCUUGCCACGCCGUUGCUGGUCAAGCUCUUGGUCGGUAGUACGGUGGCGGUCUCGGGUGUGGCCCUGGUACAAGCCACGGCGCGCGUGGUCCUCCUUCCGGUGUUGUUGGGAAUGAUACUCAACGCCAAAUUGCCGCGAUUGGCUCGUUUUCUCAGUCGUUUCACUCCGUUUGCUUCCGUACUGCUGGUUAGCUUGAUUUGUGGCGGGGUCGUUGCACAAAACGCGUCCAUGCUACUACACUCACCGGCAUCCGCAGCCAACUUGUCGGUAAUUGGUGUAGCCGUUCUUAUGCUUCAUUCUCUCGGGUUUGCCGCUGGCUACCUGAUUCCCAAAUUCCUGUUUGGCAAAUCCGAACGAUCCUCCCGAACCAUUGCCAUUGAAGUUGGCAUGCAAAAUUCCGCUUUGGCGGUAGUACUGGCCCGAUCCAUUGGGGCGCCGCCAAUUGCCAGCUUGCCGGGGGCGCUCUCGGCGACCGCCCAUUCCUGUCUCGGGAGUCUCCUGGCAGCCUACUGGCGGAUCAAGGGUGAUCCGGACGGAGAUGGCGUA